AUGAGCAGCGAGAAGAAAGGUUUAGAUGAGAUACAUAGAAAAGACAGUAGUACAGCAUCUCCAGCUUCAUGCUGCACCGCGGAACGAGAAGAUCCGUCUGAAGUAAUGGAAAUGGCAGCUGAAUGUUUACUCCAAAUCUCAGCGGUUUCACUCGAUCAAAGUCAGGAUAACGUGUCACUCAAGCCUAGAUCAAGACCUAACAGCUCAUCUCAAGAUCAAGAACCGAGUUGUUCUUACGAUUCAUUUGAGCUUCACACUUUAGGAAUCACCGAAACCAUCCCUGAAGAUAUCUGUAGUGUGCCAUUAUCAAAGGGCAAAGAUGAUGAAUAUAAUAACAAGAAAGAAGUUGGAGUAGUCAAGGUGAGAAGAGGAAGGAGGAUGAAGAAUUUCCAAAAGGAGAUACUCCCGGAACUUUUAUCGCUUUCUAGACACGAGAUCCGUGAAGAUAUGAACAUAUUGGAGACUGUUUUGAGGUCUAGAGAAUAUAAGAAGAUGGAUCAUGGGAAGAGUAAAGAUGGAAAAUGCAAACCAAGCCAGAGAAACAACAAAGAUUCGACUAAGAGGUAUAUAGGUAGAAGAAGGAGAGGAACAAAAUGA